AUGAGGCUGGUUCUGUAUUAUCUGGUACUGUUUGGGUCCAGUUAUGUGAUUUCAUCUUAUGGACCUCAUCAAAGAGCUCAGAUGACUGGGGACAUUUUGCUCGGAGGUCUUUUCCCAAUCCACUUUGGUGUUGCGUCCAAAGACCAGGACCUCGCAGCGCGGCCUGAAUCCACUCAGUGUGUCAGGUUUAAUUUCCGUGGUUUCCGUUGGCUGCAGGCGAUGAUUUUUGCAAUUGAAGAGAUAAACAACAGCAGCAUGCUGCUGCCCAACAUGACGCUGGGUUACAGGAUCUUUGACACCUGUAACACCGUGUCCAAGGCUCUGGAGGCCACGCUGAGUUUUGUGGCUCAGAAUAAGAUCGACUCCCUGAAUUUAGAUGAAUUUUGUAACUGCACUGAUCACAUCCCAGCAACCAUUGCAGUGGUUGGAGCAGCUGGAUCUGCAGUGUCCACAGCAGUCGCAAACCUCUUGGGUCUGUUUUAUAUUCCUCAGAUCAGCUACGCCUCCUCUAGUCGCUUACUGAGCAACAAGAACCAGUACAAGUCCUUCAUGAGGACCAUUCCCACUGAUGAGUACCAGGCCACGGCCAUGGCAGACAUUAUCGAGUACUUCCAGUGGAACUGGGUCAUCGCUGUGGCCUCGGAUGAUGACUAUGGACGUCCAGGGAUCGAAAAAUUUGAGAAGGAGAUGGAAGAGCGAGACAUCUGCAUCCACCUGAAUGAACUCAUCUCUCAGUACUUUGAGGAUUAUGAAAUCCAAGCUCUGGCUGACAGGAUUGAGAACUCCACCGCUAAAGUCAUUGUUGUAUUUGCAAGUGGGCCAGACAUUGAGCCUUUAAUCAAAGAGAUGGUGCAGAGAAACAUCACAGAUCGGAUCUGGUUAGCCAGUGAGGCGUGGGCAACCUCCUCUCUCAUUGCUAAACCAGAGUAUCUGGAUGUUGUGGCAGGAACAAUCGGCUUUGCCCUGAAGGCGGGCCGUAUACCUGGAUUUAGAGAGUUCUUACAACAAGUCCAACCAAUGAGAGACAGUCACAACGAAUUCAUCCGGGAGUUUUGGGAAGAAACCUUCAACUGUUACUUGGAGGACAGCCCGAGGUGGCAGGAAAGUGAGAAUGGCAGCACAAGUUUCAGGCCUUUGUGUACCGGUGAGGAAGACAUCACGAGCGUUGAAACCCCGUACAUGGACCACACUCAUCUACGGAUUUCAUACAAUGUCUACGUCGCAGUGUAUUCCAUCGCACACGCCCUGCAGGACAUCCUCACCUGCACACCUGGCCAUGGACUUUUUGCCAACAACUCCUGUGCAGAUAUAAAGAAAAUGGAGGCCUGGCAGGUCCUGAAGCAGCUCAGACAUCUGAACUACACCAACAGUAUGGGAGAAAAGAUGCAUUUUGAUGAGAACGCAGACCUGUCAGCAAACUACACCAUCAUAAACUGGCACAGGUCUGCUGAAGACGGGUCUGUGGUGUUUGAGGAGAUCGGCUUCCACAGCAUGCAUGCCAAGAGAGGCGCCAAACUGCUGAUCGACAACACCAAGAUCCUGUGGAAUGGGUUCAGUUCUGAGGUGCCAUUCUCUAACUGCAGUGAGGAUUGUGAACCUGGAACCAGAAAAGGCAUCAUCGACAGCAUGCCCACAUGCUGCUUCGAGUGCACCGAGUGUUCAGAUGGAGAGUUCAGUAACCACAAAGAUGCCAGCGUUUGUGCCAAGUGUCCAAACAACUCUUGGUCAAAUGGGAACCAUACGUUCUGCUUCCUGAAGGAAAUUGAGUUUCUCUCAUGGACAGAGCCAUUUGGGAUUGCCUUGGCCAUAUGUGCAGUAUUUGGUGUGGUCCUGACGGCCUUCGUGAUGGGAGUCUUUGUCAGAUUUAGAAACACCCCGAUAGUGAAGGCCACAAACCGAGAGCUGUCCUACGUCCUCCUCUUCUCACUCAUCUGUUGCUUCUCCAGCUCGCUUGUCUUCAUCGGAGAGCCACAAGACUGGACAUGCCGCUUACGCCAACCAGCCUUCGGGAUCAGUUUUGUCCUCUGCAUCUCUUGCAUCCUCGUCAAGACCAACAGAGUGCUUCUGGUGUUUGAGGCCAAGAUCCCCACGAGUCUCCAUCGUAAAUGGUGGGGGUUGAACCUGCAAUUUCUGCUGGUGUUUCUGUGCACAUUUGUUCAGGUCAUGAUCUGUGUGGUGUGGCUUUACAACGCCCCCCCCUCCAGCUACAGGAACCAUGACAUCGAUGAGAUCAUCUUCAUCACCUGUAAUGAAGGCUCUGUGAUGGCUCUUGGGUUUUUGAUUGGCUACACGUGCCUCCUGGCAGCUAUUUGUUUCUUUUUUGCUUUUAAAUCACGGAAACUUCCAGAAAACUUCACAGAGGCCAAGUUCAUCACGUUCAGCAUGCUCAUCUUUUUUAUUGUUUGGAUCUCCUUCAUCCCUGCCUACUUUAGCACACAUGGCAAGUUUGUUUCAGCAGUGGAGGUCAUUGCGAUCCUAGCCUCCAGCUUUGGGAUGCUGGCAUGCAUCUUCUUCAACAAGGUCUACAUCAUCCUUUUCAAACCAUCCAGGAACACCAUAGAAGAAGUCCGAUGCAGCACUGCGGCCCACGCUUUCAAAGUGGCUGCCAAAGCGACACUGAAACACAGCACAGCCGCCAGAAAGAAGUCCAGCAGCAUCGGAGGAUCUUCAGCCUCAACUCCAUCAUCAUCCAUCAGCCUGAAGACCAACGACGACCCAGCGUCAGCAAAACCACGAGUGAGCUUCGGCAGCGGGACUGUUACUCUGUCUCUGAGCUUUGAGGAGUCCAGGAGGAGUUCGCUCAUGUGA